CUACAAGCAGACCAUGCGAACCUACUUAGCUCACUCGAUCGCGCCACCCGAUCACGUCAAUUAGCCGUCCCAACCAAUGAAGUAGCAAUCCGAGUGAGACUACGAGAACUCGGAGAACCUAUGACAUUAUUUGGAGAAAGACCUGAAGAUAGAAGAGAUCGACUAAGAUAUGUUUUAAGUCAGAUUGCAGAAGCAAAAGGAUGGGAAUUAGAAAAAGAUGGAAUGGAAGAAGAUGAAAAUAAAGAUGAAGAGGAAGAUGAAGAUGAAGAUGAAGAAUUUUAUACCGAAGGAACUGAUGAACUUUUAAUGUCUAGAAGGUUUAUUGCUGAUUUUAGUUUAGCUAAUGCUCGUAAACGGAUUAUUAGACAAAAAUUAGAAGCUAAUUUACCUUUAAAUAGAAUCAUGUCAACCAGAAAAGCCGUUUAUGCAGAAUUAAAGACUUAUACUAAUCUCGGUUCUCAAGUGGGUGACGAACGUCCAAUCUCGAUGGUCAGAUUUUCUCCAAAUUCAAAAUUAUUAGCUACUGGAUCUUGGACUGGUACAGCAAAAGUUUGGAAUAUACCAAGUUGUACACCCUAUGCAGAUGAAAAGGAUAGUCAUUCUGAUCGAAUCGGUGGAUUGGCUUGGCAUCCGGAAGCUACUAUUGGGCAAUCAACUUCAAGUCUAAAUAUGGUCACAGGUGGUGCAGAUUCAAAAGUUCAAUUAUGGUCACUUACUUCAGAAAAGCCAUUAAGGACAUUAGAAGGACAUGGAGGACGAGUUUGUAGAGUAGCCUUUCAUCCAGCUGGACGUCAUGUUGCUUCUGCUUCUUUUGAUACUACUUGGCGUUUAUGGGAUGCAGAAACAGGUACCGAAUUGUUAACACAAGAGGGACAUUCAAGAGAAGUUUAUAGUUUAGAAUUCCAAUCAGAUGGAGCUUUACUUUGUUCAGGUGGUUUAGAUGCUAUCGGUAGAGUUUGGGAUUUAAGGAGUGGAAAAACUGUGAUGGUAUUAGAUGGACAUGUAAAAGAUAUUCUUGCAAUUGAUUUUUCUCCUAACGGUCAUCAAAUUGCAACAGGAUCAAAUGAUGAUAAUAUAAGAAUUUGGGAUAUAAGAUCAUUAAAAGCAAUUUAUACGAUACCAGCACAUCUUUCAUCAGUUUCAGAUGUAAGAUUUUUUAAAGGUGGUAAAGUUGAAGAAGAAGUUGAAGUUCCACUCAGUGGAAUGUAUUUGGCCAGUUGUGGUUAUGAUGGAUAUGUUAAACUUUGGUCUGCUGAUGAUUGGCAAUUAGUUAAAGCUUUGUCUAGUGAAGCUGGUGGAAAAGUCAUGAGUGUAGAUAUUGCUAGAGAUGGAAAAUUCAUGGCAUCUGGAGAAUGGACUAGAACAUUUAAACUUUGG